AUGGAUGUUGCCUACGAUCACAUCCAGGAGGAAGCUCUCACUCCUGCCGAACGGCAGAAAGUCCGUGACGCGGCAUCAUCGUCCGCUACAACCGCCGACAACGCCGAACAGCCCGCCCAGACUCUCAAUACCGAGUUUCAACAGGCCUUCCAGGCCGUGUCCGCUUCACCAUGGGGCGCCAAACUUGGAGGCUGGUUCUCUCAAGCCAAAAAGCAGAGCGAGACGUUCUAUCAAGAUCUGUCCAAGGAGGCCGCUGGGGCAAGUGAGCAAGCUACGAAGAGCUUCUCGAGUCUACGGGAACAAGUAGCACAGCGGACCAGAGGCAUGAGCGACCUUCAGAUCAGGAGAGGCGACGUGGAUGGACCAAUACCUGGGCAGGAAGAUAUUCCUGGCGUGACUUUAGCAGAUCAAAAGGCUGAACAGACAGAAGCUGGUGCUGCGAAAGACGGGGAACCAAUGAAGGGGGAGGGGAAGACACCAGAAAGUCUACCUGCAGAUAUAGUCAAGGAGGCAGCGUCUCUCGUGACCAUGUUCCGGAGCACGGCCGCCCAAAAGCUCAAAGACCUCCAAAAAGCCGAAGAUGCGGCAGACGAAGCUCUCGUUCGUUAUGGUACCAACCUACGAAACUUCCUGCGAGACGCUGUGACGAUAUCUGCUCCUGAUGAAGAAGAUGGUACCAAGUCCUCGUCCGAAGUACUGUUCUCGACAGAAGACGCUGGAACGGGCAAGAAAGUCUUCCAUACGACACGACUUGACGCACAAUUACAUGCCAUUCAUGCUAACGCUGCAUCCUUCGCAGAGGAGCCGCAAGGUGUAGAAUGGGAGUCGUGGAGAGCUGGGUUUAAUGUCGAUAGUAAGACGGAGUCUAUUGCUACGGAUUUGAACAAGUAUGAAGAGCUGAGGAGAGCGAUGGAGAAGCUAGUACCGGAGAAGGUUGGCUAUAGGGACUUCUGGAUGCGAUACUACUACCUCAGGAAAGCUGUGGAAACCGAGGAGGCUCGACGAAAAGAGGUAUUGAAAGGCGCGACUGCCGAUACCGAAGAAGAGGUCAGAUGGGAUGAUGAUGAUGAUGAAGACGAGGAAACCGAUAAAGCGAGUACCCCCAACGCGGGCGCCGGAGCUAACAAGCUGGCCGCUGCAUCAACUACCACUCUUCACGCGACCAACACGACUACCAGCAGAGAUGAUUCAGGUCUUCUCAAUCCCACAGAUGCUCGACGAAGUGAAGAUGGCAACAAAUCCGUGGCCGACUCCGAUGCCAGCUAUGAUCUGGUCUCUGGAGCUACGAGCCGUGCACCAGGAAGCCCUAAAGAUCAGAAGAAGAAUGGUGAAGAAAGCGACGAUGACUGGGAAUAA